ACCUUGCUGUGUGCACGUGGUGCAGUGCCAGUCCUGGCCAGGAGGGGGAGCCAUAGAGCACGCAGCUUGCCGGGCGUGAGGCUGCAGGAGCGCAGGGUUUCUGGCAGCUCUGCGGACAUGGAUAUGUUCCAGAAGGUGGAAAAGAUUGGAGAGGGCACCUAUGGGGUGGUAUACAAGGCCAAGAACAAGCAGACAGGGCAGCUCGUGGCUCUCAAGAAGAUCAGGCUGGACCUGGAGACCGAGGGGGUCCCAAGCACUGCCAUCAGGGAGAUCUCUCUGCUCAAAGAGCUUAAGCACCCCAACAUCGUCAGGCUGCUGGACGUCAUGCACAACGAGAAGAAGCUGUACCUGGUGUUUGAGUUCCUCAGCCAGGACCUGAAGAAGUUCAUGGACUCUACGCCAGCCUCCGAGUUCCCCCUUCACUUAGUCAAGAGCUACCUCUUCCAGCUGCUGCAGGGGGUGAACUUCUGCCACUCUAAUCGGGUCAUCCACCGAGACCUGAAACCCCAGAAUCUGCUCAUCAGUGAGUUGGGUGCCAUCAAGCUGGCUGACUUUGGACUGGCUCGAACCUUCGGGGUGCCCCUACGUACCUACACCCACGAGGUGGUGACACUCUGGUAUCGCGCCCCCGAGAUCCUCUUGGGCAGCAAGUUCUAUUCGACAGCUGUGGAUGUGUGGAGUGCGGGUUGCAUCUUUGCAGAGAUGGUGACCCGCAGAGCCCUGUUUCCUGGUGACUCUGAGAUUGACCAGCUCUUUCGUAUCUUUCGGACCCUGGGGACACCCAGUGAAGCCACGUGGCCAGGAGUCACCCAGCUGCCUGACUAUAAGGGCAGCUUCCCCAAGUGGACCAGGAAGGAGCUAGAGGAAAUUGUACCCAAUCUGGAACCGCAAGGCAGGGACCUGCUCAUGCAACUCCUACAGUAUGACCCCAGCCAGCGGAUCUCAGCCAAGACCGCCCUUGCUCACCCAUAUUUCUCAUCCACUGAGAUCUCCCCGGCUCCCCACCACUGUGUGCUGGAGCGUUUUUGCCGCUGAGAACGUGGCCUCAAAUCCUCUCUCCAGCUGCUGCCUGAGCUGCUUCUCCACGCAUUUCCCAAGAAAGAAAAUAUACCUGAGGGGAGCAAAGCUCUAAGGAAUUUGGCAUCAGCUGUCAGAGGGCUGAGGUUGGGUUAGCCCUGCCUCAGGUUAGCAAGUUCCUGUGCUGUUUGUUGGGUUUGACGGUGCCAUUUCAAGAUGGAGGCACAGAAGCCCCAUGUAUGAAGCGGUUAGAGACUGGGUCCCUUGGCACUGGAACAACAGGUGCCAAGGAGAGCGGAAAGCCUGCCCCAGCUGCCUGCGAGGUGCUCCGGUGCCUUUCACCUACCUGCCCAGCCCUCAGCGGCAGUCAGAACCUGAGGGAAAGGGUGCCCCCUGCUGGUCUUUUUGGCUUUAAAAUGUUUGGGAGAAGAGUUGAGUUCCUGUUAAGAGUCCCAAGUUAAACAAGAAGCAAGAUGAGGAAGAGAGGGGAUAUUUUCCUUGUCCCACGGGAGGUCGGAGUGUGUGGGUCGUUCUAAGUAGUUGUCAUGGAGGAUGUUACAUUUGUUUGCCUCUGGCUUUAAGAUCAGGAAAUAAAGGUGGUGCACUCUGAGUUUCCCCGUGGUUUUCUGGGGCAGCAGGAAGGACAGCAGGAACUUGCCAUUCAUGGUCUUCCGCCAGCUUAUCCUGCCCAGAGUCCAAGGAGCCUAGCCCUCUGAGAGCACCU